CUGAGUCCGUUCAGUUUCUGCUCUCUGUUCUCUCCUCUCUCCUCUCUCCACACAGACACACAUAUAGUACACAUAUAUAUACAAACUCUGUGCCUGUACGUCUUCGUGCGAGUUCGAGUCCGGGUUAAUGGCGGUAAUAUGUCUUGCAUUUCUAUUUCUGUAGAACACCAUCUUUAUUGUGAACCUAAAUUUGUUGACUGUAAAAUACAAUUUCACAGUCCCAAUCCUGAGUGAAUGUGAGACCGUGAGUCCGUUCAGUUUCUGCUCUCUGCUCUCUCCUCUGUCCGCACAGACACACACAUACAGUACACAUAUAUAUACGAACUCUGUGUGCCUUUACGUCUUCGUGCGAGUUCGAGUCCGGGUUAAUGGCGUAAUCGCUUCUCGGCGAUUUCUCCUCGGUGAUCUCAGUUCUCGUCUCGGCAAUCUCUUUCGGAUCCCUCCUCGUCUUUCUCUCAGCAAUCUCUUCUCAGCGAUCACUCCUCAAUGAUCUCAGUUCUCAUCUCGGCAAUCUCUCUUGGAUCCCUCCGCGGCUCUCUCCUCGAUAAUUUCUCUCAGGUUCAUCUCGGCUAGAUCUUGGUUCUCGUAUCUCGGUUCCCUCUCGCUACUAUAUCUCAUUUGUUCAGCAGCUCUUGUGAUGGGUACUAAGGAAUCUCAUCUACUUGGGUCAAUCACCAGCACCAAACUGAAAGGCUCAAACUACCUUCAAUGGUCUCGAACCAUAGAGGUGUUCUUACGGGCUCGAGGAAAAUUGUCAUAUCUUUAAUCAACCAAAUCCACCAGUGAUGAAAAGAUUAUUGAGGCUUGGGAGAAAGAAAUGCUUAGAUUAUGACUUGGUUAUGGAAUAGCUUGGAGCCUGAGAUCUUCAACGACUUGACAACUCAUACAAUACUGUACAACAACAAGGUUGCUCAUGAGGGUGUUGGAACUUGACAUUCACAAUACAUUGCUCGACCCAUUCUCAAAGGGCUCAAGUUUUUGGAGCGACUGUUUGUCUGACUUGUGGCGACAAAGGGGAAAUGCGCCUUCUAAUCUACUGUGUGAACUGUAGGGAUUCUGCCGUGCAUCACUAUUGUCUUGACAAUUUUUCCCCCAGUGAUGAUAAUAUCACCUGGAUGUGUGAGGAAUGCGAGCCAAAGGUAAGAAAGUUUUCUAUGUUUAGAAAAAGUGAACGAACAACUUUGAAAAAUGACCAAGCUGUUGAUGUUCGAAUGAAUCGGAAGAACAACCUAAAGAAGGAGUGCAGUUCCGUAACAGGCAAUGGAACAGUUUUUAUGAAGGACAGACUGGCUGAAACACCUAAGCCAACAAGUGAUUGUUCUCUCCCAUGUGAGGAGAUGAAGGACCUGCACUCAGUUGAUGAGACUUUUGGAAAUCAAGCUGUUGAAGUUCGAAUGAAUCGGAAGAACAACCUAAAGAAGGAGCGCAGUUCCUUAACAGGCAAUAGAACAGUUUUUAUGAAGGACAGACUGGCUGAAACACCUAAGCCAACAAGUGAUUGUUCUCUCCCAUGUGAGGAGAUGAAGGACUUGCACUCAGUUGAUGAGACUUUUGGAAAUCAAGUGCUUAGAAAAAAAAGAAGGCUAUUGCUUGAUGGAGAUAGUUCAGAAGAAGAUUUUGAACCAGUUAAAGUUGAAGCCUCUUUGUUAGCUUCUUAUGACCAUUGUGGUCAAUCAAACGUAUCAUACAGUCAGCCAUAUUUGGAAUCUGAUAACCAUGUCCACUUUGAAAACCAAGAGCUUAGGAAACAGGAAAGAAUAUUAUUGCUUAAAGACAGGGAUAGUCCAGAAGAAGAAUUGGAAGACCAAGCUGUUGAAGUUCGAAUGAAUCGGAAGAACAACCUAAAGAAGGAGUGCAGUUCCUUAACAGGCAACAGAACAGUUUUUAUGAAGGACAGGCUGGCUGAAACACUCCCAUGUGAGGAGAUGAAGGACCUGCACUCAGUUGAUGAGACUUUUGGCAAUCAAGCUGUUGAAUUUCGAAUGAAUCGGAAGAACAACCUAAAGAAGGAGUGCAGUUCCUUAAUAGGCAAUAGAACAGUUUUUAUGAAGGACGGACAGGCUGAAACACCUAAGCCAACAAGUGAUCGUUUUCUCCCAGGUGAGGAGAUGAAGGACCUGUACUCAGUUGAUGAGACUUUUGGAAAUCAAGUGCUUAGAAAAAGAAGAAGGUUAUUGCUUGAUGGAGAUAGUUCAGAAGAAGAUUUUGAACCAGCUAAAGCUGAAGCCUCUUUGUUAGCUUCUUAUGACCAUUGUGGUCCAUCAAACGUAUCAUACAGUCGGCCAUAUUUGGAAUCUGAUAACCAUGCUCACUUUGAAAACCAAGAGCUUAGGAAACAGGAAAGAAUAUUAUUGCUUAAAGACAGGGAUAGUCCAGAAGAAGAAUUGGAAACAGUUACAGCUGAAGCCUCUUAUGGCCAUUAUGGUCCAUUGAACGUGUCAUACAGUCGGCCAUCUUGGGAAUCUGAUAACUAUGUCCAUGCACAACCAGUUAUUGAUCCAAUUUGGAGGGGAUCCCUUAAUAUUACCAAUGAAAAGAACAAAACCCAUGUUGGACUCGUGGCCCAUUUAUCUAGUAAAGCUUGCGAUAAAGUGUCAAAUGCUGCAACUUUGCUGCCUCAGGAACUUGAUGUUGAAAUUCUGCCUAGGUGUGAUGCAUGGCCAAAGAGUUUCAAGACAUUGCCUCCCACCGAUGAUAAUAUUGCUCUCUAUAUAUUUCCGAAGUUUGAAAGGGAUGAAAAAGUUUUCGACAAUCUGCUGGAUGAGAUAAUAGAGCACAAGCUUGCUCUAAAGGCUGUGAUUAAUGAUGUGGAGCUCUUGGUUUUCUCGUCUCUUGAGUUGCCACAAGAACACUGGAGAUUUCGUAGGAAGUACUAUUUGUGGGGUGUGUUUAGGCCUAAGAAGUAUUCCCCAGCCCCUGUACCAACUAUACAUCCUGCUAUGCAAAGCCGCAGUUCUCAAUGUGUCGCACUUCCCAAGCACACAAUUCAAGCUGUGAGGCAAGGUGCAAAGGGUCUUGCUAGAACGAUGGCAACUCCAAGUCACCACAGUCCUCUAAGCACCGGUGGUAGCCAUGUAUAUAAUAACCCUUCUCAUUCAAUUUUCCUUGCCCGAUCUAAAAGUUCCUCUACUGAUUCUCUAUCUUCUUGCGCCUCCAAACUCAGUAGGGUUCACAAGACAGAGCAAGGAUAUGAUGAACUAUGGCACUUGAAAAUGCAGCACAGAAAAGGAGAAAAUAGGGAGAGAAUGGAAGCAUUGGACUUGAAACUUAUCGUAACCUAAGGUAAUUUUGCACUAUCUUUUGAGGUUUGAUAAAGGCUGAAAUUGGUUUGGGACCAUUUUCGUUGGAUGUGGGGGAUAAAGCAGGAAGCAGCAGUAAAUUUUGAGCUGAAGUUGGAUGCGUUUAGUACCAGUCACAGUCCCACGGCUAAGCAGGAAGCAGCAGUAAAUUUUGAGCUGAAGUUGGAUGCGUUUAGUCCCAGUCACGGUCCCACGGCUACUCAACAUCCUCGUAUGUGUUAACCAUCACUGCACAAUAUGAAACUUGGAUUUGCUGAAAUGAAGUUUAGCAUUUGGUGUAGUGGAGGAGAUUUGCUGAAAUGAAGUUUAGCCUUUGGUGUAAUGGAGGAGAGGGUUCAUUGGCUUUUGGAAAGACGGUCUAAUUCUCCAAUGACUUUGUACAGUUUCGUUCUUCAAAUGUAAGCAACUGAUGGUUUUGUAGUUGACUUGUGGAAUGCAAAGCCUUGGUGUUAAAUUGUUGUGGUCAACAUGUUUUUUUUUAUAAAUUUUUUGUAAUUUUUUUUCCUUUUAAUCUUAUAUCCUCCUUGAAUA